UUCUCCUCUCCUCUCCUCCGCUCUUUGUCAGCGGGUUCACACACUGACCACACACGGGCGGGUUUGCUGGUUUUCUCUCAAUGAAGACGCUCUAUCGGAGACCGACUCGAUCUUAGGACGUCAGUGAACCGGCGGCGUUUUAAUCUUUUGGUUGUUUCGUGCAGAGAGGCUGGUGGGCUUUCAUCUGCUGCUGGGUUUAACCACCUUUGUUUGGAGAAAAGAAGCUGAUGCUGCGGUUCACUCACACUGACGGAGGAGGAAUCACCCAGCAGGUCUUUAAUUACCCAUUUCUGUUUUUUUAAUCAGCCAGUUGAUGCUCGUUUUCUCUUACCGGGACUGUGGGAGUCUGGACGUACCACUGAUGGGAUCGUUUCAGCUUUUCACGCUGUAUUUUUAAAGCUGUAUUUUUAAUUUUUGUGUGUUGUUGGUGACUCUACGUUGCGCUUGGUGUCCUCGGUCUUUUGUGUGGAACUGGUCUGUCAGUUCCGGACUGUCCUGGUUCUCUCCCGGUCCUUACCGGCCUAAGGAGCACAAUGCCGGAGUGUGUGUCGGUAUCAGAGUUCGUCCAGGAGGUUCAGGAGGACUGGAACUCUCCCACUACCUCCUCUUUCACCUCCAAGAUGAUCAGCUGCAGGAACACAGUCUACCUGCUGGAGGAGGCUCUGGACAGCGACAGGUUGGUGCUACAGAAGAUGAAGAAAGCUGCAAAAGCCAAAUACACAUCAGGUCAAGAACACGUGUCUCAUUUGGAGCAGUACAUUAACGCGAUGGAGAAGCUGUCGGUCAACUGUCACUCAAACGGAGAGACGGAGGUUGGCUCCGCCUUUUGCCGCCUGGCAGACUUUUCCAAAGAGCUCCUCUCUCCCAUGAAAAACCUGCUAAAGAGCAUGCUCCACAACAUCAACUUCUUCUUGGACUCUCUGGUUAAAGGAGACCUGAGGGAGGUGAAGGGGGAUCUGAAAAAGCCUUUUGAAAGAGCGUGGAGGGAUUAUGAGAGCAGAUUUAAACAGGUGGAGAAGGAGAAGAGGGAGUUAGCUCGGCAGUAUGGGAUGGUGAGGAGUGAGGUGAGCGGAGGAGAGAUCGCGGAGGAGCUGGAGAAGGAGAGACGCUCCUUCCAACUGAGCAUGUGUGAGUAUCUAAUUAGGGUCAAUGAGAUAAAGACGAAGCGAGGAGUCGACCUUCUGCAGAACCUCAUCAAACACUACCAUAGCCACAACAAUUUCCUGCAGGAGUGUGUUUCCACCACUCAGAGGCUGAAGCAGUACAUGGAUGAGCUCAACGGAGUCCUGACCACGGUGAAGCAACGUCAGGAUGAGGAGAAGAGACAGCUGUGCACACUCAGAGAUCAGCUGAGGCCGGUCGUCCACACGGAGCAGGACUCUUUACCUAAGCAGGUGUACAAUAUGCAUCAGCUGCUGGGAGACAAACAGUACGGGACGGAGAGAACGGGAUUCCUCUACAAGAAGAGUGACGGGUUGAGGAAAAUGUGGCAGAAGAGGAAAUGUUCAGUUCACAACUGUUACCUGACCAUCGCUCAUGCUACUCCGAACAAACCUCCCACCAGACUCAACCUGCUCACCUGUCAGGUCAAACCCAGCGUGGAGGAUAAGAAAUGCUUUGACCUUAUUUCUCAUAAUCGGACCUACCACUUCCUGGCAGAAGAUGAAGCUGAGUGUGUGGCCUGGAUGUCGGUGCUCACUAACAGCAAGCAGGAGGCUCUGAGUAUGGCUCUGGACGGGGGAAGAAAAGGGGGAGGAGGGAGUGAGAGCAGCGUGGAGGAUCUGACCCGAGCCAUCACCGAUGACAUCAAACGGAUGCCGGGAAACAACAGCUGCUGUGACUGCGGCGCACCAGAUCCUGGGUGGCUGUCUACAAACCUAGGUAUCCUGACCUGUAUUGAGUGUUCAGGCAUCCACAGGGAAAUGGGGGUCCACGUCUCAAGGAUCCAGUCUCUGAGCCUGGACAGUCUGGGAACCUCAGACCUGCUGUUGGCCAGGAAUGUCGGUAAUUCUGGUUUUAACGAAAUACUGGAAGCCAACCUGCUGAGUCCGUCACUGAAGCCCUCUCAACACAGCCACAUGCCGGAGCGUAAAGACUUCAUCCUGUCAAAGUAUCAAGAUGUUAACUUUGUGAGGCGGAGUCAUAGCUCUACUUCGGUGCUGCGACUUCGUCUGCAGGAGGCGACCAAGAGCUGCGAUAUCUACACUCUGAUCCAGCUGUACGCUCAGAGGGCAGAGCUGAGCCAGCCACUGCACACACACAUACAGGAGAAAGGGGAGACAGCGCUCCAUUUAGCUGUCCUACUGGCUGACAGGACAUCACUGCACAUCCUGGACUUCCUGGCUCAGAACUGCUCCAAUGUUGAUAUACAGACAUCAGCGGGAAACACGGCGUUGCACUACAGCUGUCUACACAACAAGACCGACUGUGUGAAGCUGUUGCUGAGAGCCAGAGCCAACACACACAUCAAGAACGAGUUAGGAGAAACCGCUCUGGAUGUGAGCCGCAGGUUGAAGCACACCCAUUGUGAGGCACUGUUGCAGAAAGCCCAGUCCAACCAGUUUGACCAUCACGUCCAUGUGGAGUACGAGUGGAGGCUUCGUCAUGACGACCUGUACGACAGUGAUGAUGACUUUGAUGACAAGAAUGGUCCGUUGAAAAAGGAGCGCUCCACUUCCUCCUCAUCCUCCUCUUUCACCCCCUCCUUCUCCUUCUCCUCCCGUCCCUUCAGCUUCAGUCAGUCCAACUCCUCCUGUGUCACGUUGUCCUCCUCUGGAACACCCGGAGGACCAGCUGGAGGCCUUCUCAGUGUGGGGAGGAGACUCGCCAUGGCUAUGGAGCUUCACAGCCAUCCCGCUGGCUCCGUCCCCAGCCCACCACCUCCUCCUCCAUCCUCUCCUGCGCCCCCGCUGCCUCCCAGGGUCAAAGCUCCCAAUGUUCCUCCUCCUCCUCCACCUCCGUCUGGAGGAGAUGGUAUGGGGGAGGAAGAGGAGGGAGAGGGUGAGGUAUUCUUUCCCCUGACAGGAAAUAGAAGGAUUACCCCUCCCUCUCCCAUCGCCGUCCGACACAAGCGGAGCUGCUCUGAGUCCAGUAAGCACGAUUAUGGGUUUCCAGCCAGUCCCAGGAUAUACAGUGGUCCAGACUCCUCCUUCAGGAAGUGUGUUCCAGCUUCUCCUCUCAGCUCACUGACUGAACGAUCUGACAGAGGUUUUCGGAGGGCAGACAGUGAAAGUGCCUCCUCCCAUUUCCAGAUCCUCAACAGUAAGGCACCAAUAAAUGGCUCUCCAUCCAAUCAGCGCUCUCAGAGCUUUGAAAGUGAAAGCAGAGGCUCCGCCCCUCAACCACUUCCUCGUAGAUCACUGCCUCGAGGAGCAUCCAGUCGUCGGGUUCAGGCGCUGUAUGACUGCCAGGCCGACCACCAUGACGAGCUGAGCUUUUCUGAGGGCCAGGUGCUGGUGGUCCUGGGACAGGAGGACAAUGAUUGGUGGCAUGGUUACAUAGAGGAAGAACCAGACCAGAGAGGGUUGUUUCCUUCCUCAUUCGUCCAGCCGCUGUCUGACUGAUGUGAAACCAGGCCAGAACUGGGCUGACCUCAGACCAGCACAAAUCCAGAUCACCGCAGAGCUCUGGAGAACCAAACCACAUCAGAACACCUGAUCUGCAGAUGGACCAGGUCAGAUGUUCAGAGGCUUCAAAUGUUCAUGGUCCUGACACUGUUGUCACAGCAACCGGUGUUCCUCAUGCCUUCAGUUACCAUGGAAACAUUAUGGAUGACCUUCAGUAAAGACAACACAUUAUUUUUAUGUGGCUCCAGUUAGGUCAGGAAAAAACCAAUGAGACAGCCUCGGACAGACCAAACAGCCAGCACUCGAGGCUGCUGUAGCCCGUACUUUAUUUAUUUAUUUAUUUAUUUACUCAAAAAGCAAAAAAAUAUUUAAGCACAAAGGGCAAAUCACAAGAAACAGCAAUCCCCUGGUUUUUUAUUUUGAAGGUAAACUGGGCCUCAUUUUCUUUUGACUUUAUUAUAAUUUAUUUAUGUUUACUGAAUUUGUGGCUAGCCAAAACACACAAGCUACUGCUGCCACAUUUUAGGUUUCGAUAGACCCAGACUCAGGCCAUAUUAUUGAUCAGAUUUGUUGGUUACAGCUGCUUACCCGAAUAGCACAAAAUACUCUGAGAUGCCAAGGACCAAAGCUCUAAAGUGAGAUAUGAAAGGUGGACUUCAUAGGAGACUCACAUUUCCUUCCAGUUGCCUUCGAUGUCCCAAGAUAUCACAUCGCCUCAGUGAACACAGCAGUGUGUUGCUGCCACGUUUGCAAAAUGAAUUUACUCAGUGCUCAAGUCUCAAAACUUCUCAUUAUAAUGAGUUACUUCUGUCGUGAUUAAAUAAUUCUGUUUUAACAAGAACCUUUGUAUUAACAUUAUA